AUGGCUCCGUACAGAGACCCGCGUAGCAUUGAUACGCUCCGCUACUUUGAAUGGGCCAAUAUAGAGAAAGGACCCCAUGGUUACGUGGCUAUGCUGCGUGCUUCUGAGGCGGCUUCUACUCCCCAGCAGAUCACGGUUGCUGUUCAGCCCAGUGUCUAA